AUGCCCCUGUGCUUUGGUCCACGGCGCAUGUGCAGCACCGCCCCCCCCACUUCAGUCUUUCCUAGCGAGCGGCGAGUGCGCCUGCGCGCCGAGGUUCCAUUCUUACCAAGCCCAAGCUGCAGCUUUAUCGGCAACACAGGGGCGGAGAAGAGCAUCAGCCAUGCAUUGCAGCAGCAGGAGCGGCAGCAGCGGGGAUUAGAGGCUUCUGCUGCUCCCAUUCCUCUGAAUGCCUCUUUUAGGACGUGCAGGAGUCCAAAUAUCUUUGCGCCCGCCUCCAGUGUCGGCGCCACAGCCUCCGCCGCCAGGUAUUCACACCCGCCCGCCCUUGCACUGUCAUGUUGCCCGGGAUCUGCAUGGGCAGGGGGCUUGGAGGGGGAGGGGAGGGAGGGGGAGGGCGGUGUGCGGGUGGGGAGCGCGAAGGGAGAGCAUUGUCUGGAGCUGCAGAGCUGGCUGGAUGGCGAGCGGGGAUGAUGAGCGAGAGGGAUCCUCUGUAGGUGAAAGACUAUGCCAGGGUGGGCGGGACAAAAUUGCUUGGGCUUCGCAUCUUGGCUCCUUUCUUUAUUUUUCAGAGGUCGCGCUUUCAGUCUUCUCCGCAUGUAGGAUAGGGGAAAGAUCUCCAGCGCCGGCACAAUGGACGAGCAUGAUAGUUGUGGGGGGGGGGGGACGGGGGGACUCUGGUAAGAAAGUGACCUGCCAGAGGGAUAUCUCCCUCUGCCCUAUUCCCAUCUCUUUGAGAUUUAUAUUCGAACAAAGCAAAUUCGUAAGGAUUAGUGCAGGGCGGGUGCAUCUAUAUAGGCUGGGAAGGGUGGAUUGGGUGACCUAUGGAGGAGCCUCUGAAUUUCUCCAUGUGUUUGUAAUCUACAUUGAGAGAAAGAAAGACCAAAGAAAUGCAGCUUUUGUUUUAUCCCCACCUCUCCCUAUUGUGCUUAAAUGUGAGAUUAAGGCAAGCCUGUGCUGCCAUAUAAAAGGAUGUAUUUCUGUUUCCACCUUAGUCCUAGAUAUCUUUCCCUAACUGGCUCUUUGGAGCUUUUUGUUUGUCCUUGUUUCAGUUUCUUUCUCCAAAAUGCGUAGGUAUCUUUGUCCUAUUGUUGCAGCCUUUUUCUGUGUGUGCUAGGUAUGUGGAUUAAUAAAUGUGGUGUUAGCAUUGAUCGAUGAUUCCCAGUUUUAUAAACAUAUGAAAUGAAAUGAAACUUCCUAAUGCCUUCAGUGGGCACAGCACAGGGGUCAAUUCUCAGAGCGUUCAUCUCAAAACUUGAUCAAUUCAGUUAUGUGGUUAUCAGUAGUGCCUAAAUGAAGAUGUUGCAAUAAAAGAAUUUGCAAAAAAGUUUAGUUUGGUGAGAGGAACAUGGGGAUGAUUGUGUCUCUUAUUGGGCCUCUGGUGUUUCUGUCACAGAAACUACUUCCACUGUUUUGGGGCCUUUACAGAUGAUCUGCUUCACUUGCUAUGCAAUUGGGAGAACUAUACCUCUCUCAGGAAGGUAGAUGUUUGAUCUCUCAGCUGGUGUGACUGUGUAUAUAUGUAGCUUUUUAUAGUUGUCAGUUUUGGCUCCCUUUUUUUGUCUAUCAUCCUUGAGCCAUAAUGUUUCCAAAAUAAGAUCUCUUGACUGUCUCCACUCCCCCCAUCAACUAUAGUAGUGAACACGGUGUCACAACUGUACAGUACAAUAUACAGAAAUUACAAUAGCAUCUGUUAUAUAGACCUUUUUUACAUCUUUAUGGAUGAGAAAGAUGGCUUCCUCUGCCAUGCCAUGUUAUAUGUGUUUUGAAAUGAUUUUUGUUUCAACUCUGUAAGAGAAUAAGUGCUUCUUCAAAGUACCACUCGAACGAUAAACACAAGAGAUGCUACUGUCUUCCAAUGUCAUACUAUUUAAAUUAAUCUAAGAACAUUGUGCUCCUUUUUCUUCAGUGCAUAUAACUCCUUAUUCUUUAAAAAGAACAAACCUAUGGUUCAAUGGUGGUGAUGGUGGAGUUCCUGUUGAGGCUUACAGCUACCUAGUUCCACAGCAGUCCUGGGUCAGCAAGGCUAGCCCGCUUCUCAGAUAAAAGAUAGCUGCCCUUUCCCCUGCAGUUCAUAUGGAUUGGAUAGCUUAUUAUUGCCUUUGAACUUGUUCUUGCAGAAGUAUCCUAUAAUCUUACCUACACAUCAUUGAGUUCAUAGAUGGAGGGCAGACCAUUCUUAUUUGUCUCCUCUUAAGUGCAGGGAUGGGGAGCUGUAGGCCCCCACAUGUUGCUGUACUACAACUCCUGUCAUCCCUGACCGUUGACCAUGCUUCUAGUUACAGGUAGGUAGCCGUGUUGGUCUGCCGUAGUAAAAAAAACCCCCAAUAAUAAUAAUAAUAAUAAAAUUCCUUCCAGUAGCACCUUAGAGACCAACUAAGUUAGUUAUUGGUGUGAGCCUUUGUGUGCAUGCACACUUUGAAAGCUCAUAUCAAUAACUAACUUAGUUAGUGUCUAAGGUGCUACUGGAAGGAAAUAUUUUAUUUUAUUUUGUUGACCAUGCUGGCAGAGGCUGAUGGGAGUUGGUAUCCAACAACAUCUGGAGGGCUACAGGUUCCCACUCGCUGCCCUCGUGGUACAAUUCCAGGCACUUGUUUCCCUCCUCCCCCUCCCAGCCAGGUUUAUCUGUGGGCCAGCCCUUGAAAAGAGAAAGGGGUGGGGGGAAAACAGAUGGGGUGCAAAGAGAGCUGUGGGAGUGUGAGGAGAUAACUGAUAUGCAGGAGGAGGAGGAAACAGAAGGUUAUGAAUUAGGAUGCCGAGAGAAGAGAGUGAGUGUAUGCUAGACAUGGUGCACAGUGGAGGAAUCUGAGCAGCAUGGGUUGUAGAUAGGUGGAGAGAGGGAAGAGGUGAAUAGAGAAUGGGUUGUAGUGUGUCACAAAUAGUGUGUGUAUGUAGUUGAAGCAAUGAUGCAGAUUUCUUGCUAUAUUAGCAAUGUAGAAGUGGCUCUCAGAGUGACUUGAGUCAUGCUCCUCUGCCACAAAGCCUAUAAAGUGGCUGGGCACACAUUGACUGAUCAUCUGUGUGUGGGAGAGGGUGGAGAGGUUGAAGACGCAGUGGUGGUCAGCCACCCUACAAGAAACACCCUCUACUCCUUUCAUUCAUGUUAACUGGGAUGGGUGAAUGAGGUUGGUAUACAUGGGCAGGAGGAAUCUGGGAGACCCAAAGAGCCCUGCAUUUCCCCUCCCCAAAUAUUUCAGGUGUUGGGGGUCAAAAUGUGGAAGAGUAUAGGGAAGGGUAGAUUAUCUGGAAUGACUUGUAUCUGUAAUUCCUGAAAGGAACAACAGUUUUGUCCUCCACCAAUUCUAUGUCCUGCAGCAGGUAUGUCAACUUUUGGGGCUGUGUGUGUAGGAGUGGGUUUAAAAUCCUUUCUCGGGUUGGGCAAGGGGCUUCGUUUAUAAAAAAACAACUCUGCAUGUGUAAAUGUUAGCGUGACACUACUCUUCCCAGCCUGUUUAGGGAGGAGCCUCACCACAAUUGCACUCUCCUUUGUAUUUACAGUGGACCCUCUGGAUACAAACUUAAUUUAUCCCGGAGGUCUGUACUUACCCUGAAAAGUCCGUAUCUGGAGGAGUUGCUUCUGCGCAUGCACGUGGUGUGAUAGAGCACUUAUGCGCGUGCAGCGAUACCCGGAAGUAUACACUUCCGGGUUUGCCGCAUUUGUAACUCAAAAUUACAUCACCUGAAGGUAACGUAACUCAAGGUACCACUGUAUUUCUUGCAGACCUCUCCUAAUCAUGUUUACUUAGAACCAAUGUGCUUUGAUUCAAGUAGGCUUUAGUGUCUGAUAUGUUUAAGAUUGCUGUCUUAGGGGUUUGUUGUGGCAGAAGUACUUUCCCCCUCUUAUCUUUCUUUUCCUGCAAGAAUUGAAGGUGGUAGGGUAGAGAUUAUUCUUUUCAUGAGCACAUGAAACAUAGGGAGUUAGACCCAGGAUUCAUCUAACCCAGUGGUUCUCAAUUGGUGGUCUGCGGACCCCAGGGGGUCCACUUAAACCACCCAGGGGAUCCAUGGCACCAUUCACCUAACAAAUACUAUCACAGAGAUAUCAAAAUUUUCAAAAGUAGGGGAUCUGCAGUAGUUAGCCAACUGGGAACCACCGAUCUAGCCCAUUAUGGUUGAUCCUGGAGGUUGGGAAUCUGUGACCUCCAGAUGUUAGUGAACUCCAACUCCCAUCAGUCCUCAUCAGCAUGGCCAAUAGUCAAGAAUAGAUGGGAGUUAUAGUCCACCACCAUCUGGAUCUUUUGCCCACAAGGCAUGUUUAUGUCACCGAACUGUGGCCUGUCAUCUUAUUGUGGAACAUGCAUCGUGACCAUGAUCAUGAGAAUUUCCACUCAAAGCCCCCUUGAUUUUUCAAAUUUGGUUAUAUAGUGUUAUAUGAGCCAUAAUUGCUGCAGAGUGGGACAAAGCCGUGUUGAGUAAGCUGUGGGGCCGGAACUAGUGCAUUUGAUGAUUUGACACUUCUGAAUGAAUGUGUAUCUUUGUGUUUCAUGGAGAAGUCUGAAGGAUGGAGGAAAGGCAUGAGGUAUGUUUACUCGAAACACAUGGUGGGUUCAGGUGGCCCCAGCAUUCCAUGGCUCCUUGUUCCUAGUUGGUGAAUACUUAAUUAUGUAUCUUUGAGUGAUAUAUUUGCUUGGUUAUGUUCAUGUCAAGUUCUGGAAUCUUUCAUGAACCCUUUCUUGGCUCAAAAUCUGUCCCAAAUAUUGCCUUUUUUGUUACAGUAAACUUGAUUAAUUGUAUUGUGAUGUUAGUGUAAAAAAAGACAUCUAGCAAAGGUAGCUACCAAAAAUAAACAUUCUAAAACAAGUCCCAUUCUAGCACAUGUGGUAGAGAUACUCUGGAAGAGUGUUCAUAGUGGGGAGACAACUGGAAACACCCACCCUUGAGUUGCGGUUCAGCAGGGAUUGGGAACCUAUGGCCCUCCCCUCAUCCCUAUUCUAUUAGCCAUACUGACUGUAGCUGAUGGGAGUUGGUUGUCCAGUGAGAUCUGGAGUGCCAUAAAUUCUCCAUCCCUACUGUCAAGCAUGUAAGCAAAGGUAAUAUGUUUUUAUUCGCUAUAAGUAAUAUUGGAACAUAAUCAAUUUUAAAAAAAUGUUACUUGUGAUAGUCAACCCUUCCAGUUACUAUAGUCAUACCUUGGAUACCAAACGCCUUGUGAGUUGAACGUUUUGGCUCCCAAACGCCGCAAACCUGGAAGUGAGUGUUCCGCCAAUCGGAAGCUGCACCUUGGUUUCUGAACCUUUUUGGAAGUCAAAUGGACUUCCGGAAUGGAUUCUGUUGGACUUCCGAGGUACCACUAUAUUAGGCUUUUCAGUGUUUCUGUACCUUUGGUUGUCAUACUGGUAUUUCUCCUCAGAUUGACAAUAUUACAUUGAAUUCAUAUGAAUUUAAUCUCUUUUAUAUAGUAUAUCCAGUGUCCCACUAGCAUUUAUCAGGACUGAUAUGUAAUGGAGACAUAGUUCGUAAUGCAGUAGGAUCAUCAUGCGUGAAAGAAGUCAGUGGAGGGAGGGAUGGGGAAUAUAAGGAAUGAGCUGUCCUUCCUGGGAAGGACAUAUAUAGGAUGACGAUGAUCUCUAGAAGAGUAGCUAGCUUUCCGGUACAAUCCUAGACCUGUAUACUCAGAAGUAAGUCCUGUUGCGUUCAGUGGGACUUACCGGUAAAUGAGCAUUGCAGACUGUGUCUGUUGCAGCACAAAGAACAAAAUAAUCUUAUGAUGACCUUUGAGGCAGGGAUGAGGGGGACUGGACACCUAAAAAUGUUGGACUCCAGCUCCCAUCAACUUCUGCCAGAAUGGCAAAAAGUCUGUGAUGAAGGGAACUGUAGUCCAGCUGUAGUCCAGCCACAGAUUCCUAAUUCUUGCUUUAAAGGCUAACAAAUUAUUGUGGGAUGAAGUUUCUAAGAGAGGAAGCCUACUAUUUAUACUCAUUGAUUUAUUACAUUUUAAGCAGUUCAGGGUAGUGUCCACAGUCUGUGUUUUCCCCUCCCUGCCACUUUAUCUUCACAACAGCUAUCCUACGAUAAGGAUAAGUGUGUGCAAUCCUAUACGUGUCUGCUCAGAAAUAAGCUCUGCUGAGUUAAGGGGGAAAUGCUUCUAGGUUCAUAGUCUUAAGUGAGUGAUUGGGCCACGGUGAUCCCCAAUUCAGGUCUGUCACGCCGCCCACUACAUCAUGAUGGCUCCUACUUCAUCCAAUGCAUGAGUUCAUAGAAGAUGACACCCAAGCGUGCUAUGGGUUGGGUUAUCUUAUACCAAGUGAGAUUUAAAAAUGAAAAGUCAGUUCAGCCUCUGAUGGUUCUGUGCAAAACACACACAUAGACAAGAUCAGCAUAGUCGACCGUUUCAUGGCGAUUGUGAUUUUGCUGAUAACAGCACAGCUACAAAGAUUGUAUUAACACUUGUAUGUAGUGGUUUCACCAGCUUACUGGCAUGGGUUCUAAUAGAUGUACUAAUUCAUUCUAGAUGUACUUCAAAAACUUUUGCUAAAAUGGAUAGCGAGCAAUGAUUUAUCAAUUCUCAUUCUAAGGUAGGAAACUAUUCCCAUUUUACAAGUGGAGAAGCUGAGGCUGCAAUGCUGUGCCUGCUUCCCUGGAGUGCAGUGGUGCUUGCUUUUGAAUAAACACAUAUGCCAGAGCUGUGCCACAUGGGACCCUCCCUAUGUUGUGGACUCCCAACCCUCAUCAGCACCAACUAGCAUGGCUUCCAGGUCGAUCCGCACAGGAAGUGACAGUUGAACUCCUAGCAUGGCCAAUGAUCAGGGAUGACCGGGUAGUAGUACAACAGCAUCUGGAUGGUACUAUGUUGGCUACUCCUGGUAUAUAAUAUUAAUAUGCAAGACGUGCAGAACAUCUUGUCCAAGGCCAUGCAGUAAGUCCAUGGGUGCACAGUGGUGUCAUUUUGCCUACAGAAUGCUACCUGAGGUGUGAUUGGACCCUGGCCUGGUGCAGUCGGCCCCUCCCUAGCUAUAUAUCUCAUUGAGGGUGAAAGGCAACAUAGUGAACCUUCAAAUUUCUAUUUAAAAUGAAAUGUGGGAACAUUGUGCACCAGCUCAAGGCCCCAGGGGUAGCACUCUGGUGUGUAUAGUCUCCCUCCUCUAAAUCUUUUACCCUGUCCAUUGUUUUGUGCUACUUUUCAACAACUAAGGAAACUGACUUGGUUCGUUACAGCAGAAAUUGAACAGGCACUAAAACGCCUGGGUCUUUCUCACAGGUAAGUGUGCAUAGGAAUUUGGCUGCAGUCUUGUGUACACUUUCCUGGAAGUAAGGCCCAUUAAACUCAGUGAGCUCUACUUAUGCGUAGAUUGCUAUGAGCUUGUACUGUACAUAAAUAUAGUGCAUUUCAGGUGAAUGGUUUUAGAGCUGGGGCACAAAAUACAGUACAAGGCCUCUUUAUACUCCAGGCUGCCUAAAUAGGGCUUGAGACACAGAUGAAAUGGUUGAACAUUAAAGCAUAUAGCUCAAAUGCAGUGGACCCAAAUAGACCUUUUUUUGCAAACUGACCAGUAAUACACUUUGAAAAUGUGAGACAGUGAGGCAAAAUUACAGCAGUGAUGAGUAAGUACUCCAGAGCAAAUGGAAACGAUUGUAUGGAACAAUCCUGGCCUGACUGUAGUGGCUGCCAGUUAAUUUCUGGGCCAAAGUGCUGAUGCUGACAUGUAAAGUCUUACAUGGGUCAGGACCUCAUUGCCUUAAGGACCGCCUCUCCCCAUAUGAACUAACCCGGACCCUGUGCUUGUCAUCCAAGGCCCUUCUCUCUCCCUACCUUCCCCAAGCAGUUUGGAGGGUGACAACACAAGAACGGGCCUUUUCUGUGGUGGCUCCCUGUCUGUGGAACAUUCUCCCUAGAGAGGCUCACCUGGUGCCAUCAUUACAUGUCUUUAGGCACCAGGUGAAAACAUUUCUCUUUACCCAGGCCUUUGGCCAUUAAAUAAUCAAUGGCCUGUUAAAAGUGUGUGCGGUGGUGGGGCUGCUGUUAAGAUUAUUUUAUUAUUAUGCUGUGCAUUUGGGUUUGUUUUUUUUGAAAUUUGCUCCAUAAAUUAUGUUCUUAACAGGUCCAUUCAGCGGGGGUGGGGGGCAGAAGCUGGGUGCGUUUGCCCCAGGCCUUGGAGGGCAAAGCUGGCCAAGGGGUUACCGCCAGGGGCUUGCUGGACUUACACUGGCAUGCCAAGAACAAGCCAGUGGUCCUCAGACAAACUGCACGGGUUCUUAAUGUUGAACACAGCCCUGAGAUCUUUGGAUAGAGGGUGGUAUAUGAAUUGAAUGAAUAAAUAACAACAACAAUUGUGUGAAACAACAUGCUUGUUAUUGGGGUUGAUAGCAGAUUUUACUGUUGUAGAAAUAUCAAAAAGAUCAACAUUUUAAAUGGUUAUCUAGAUGGACAGAAUAAUCACAUGUUCAAAGGAAAGCUAUAUUUCAGCCCCCUGUCCGUGCAUUUAAUGGUGAAGAAUAGUAGCCUGGAGUCUUUCUCUCCUGUUCAGUGUUCCAGUCAGGUUCUUAUGUGUUCAUCUAUCACACUGGUAUCUAAGGGUCUGCUUCGUUGCCUAGCACUUUUACGGUGUUGGGGGUAUUUGUCUGUCUAGCAGACUAAUAUAUGGACAGCCUGCAAAGUCAUCUUUUAAACCUCUUAAAUCUGCUGUUUACAAGGGAGUGAUUGCCCAGUGGGGAGAUUACACAGAAAGUUGCUAACUAAUUCUCAUUUUUUAAAGUGGCAGGACCUUUGAGGCCUGCUUAUAAGUCUUUGACAAAUUUGUGAUAACCACAGUGCGGCCAGAGCUUAUUUUUGUUUGUGACAUUACUUAAUGUGUAUGGAGUACUGGUACUACUUUUUUCUUUUUCUUUCUUUUUUGCUGCCCAGGGUAGUAGUGACGCCUCAUAUUUUAGUAGAAAAAGCACUGGGUACAACUGUUGAACAAUUAAAUUAGCCGAGCCCAGCAUGCAGUUUAGUAGUCUGUGUUAUAAUUUAUCAAUCUCUUUUUAAAUUGUCAUGAGGCAUCACUGUGGUUAUUUGCUCAAGUGCGCACAAAUAAUACAGGAUGGCUGCUUAAGUCUUGGGAAGCCAGGAAGCUUGCCUGGAAAAUGCUUGAGCGGUUUAACUCCUGGAGAAGUCAGUUUUGAUAGCCCUGCCUAAAGGGUUCCCUGAACUCUUGAAGUACCAUAUAUACUCGUGUAUAAGCUGACCCAAAUAUAAGCCGAGGCACCUAAUUUUAGGGGGAAAAAACCGGGAAAACUUAUUGACUCGAGUAUAAGCCAGUUCACCACACCACAAACCUGGUGGUGGCGGCAGCGGAGGAGGAAGAACAAGCAGCCCGAAAGGGUUCCUCCUCUGCCGCUGCUGACAGCGGCAAAGGAGGAGGAAGGAGCAGCCCGACAGGGCUCCUUUCUCGCGGCUCAUCCCUCCGCUGCCGCUGCCUCACUCGAGUAUAAGCCGAGGGAGGCUUUUUCAGCAUUAAAAAUAUGCUUAAAAAGGCAGCUUAUAUUUGAGUAUAUACGGUGGUCUGCAGACAUGUUUAUAGGGAUGUGUAUCUCAAGCAAGUGUUACCUCGGGUUACAUACGCUUCAGGUUACAGACUCCACAAACCCAGAAAUAGUACCUCGGGUUAAGAACUUUGCUUCAGGAUGAGAACAGAAAUUGUUCUCCAGUGGCGCGGCAGCAGCGGGAGGUCCUAUUAGCUAAAGUAGUGCUUCAGGUUAAGAGCAGUUUCAGGUUAAGAAUGGACCUCCAGAACAAAUGUAACCCGAGGUACCACUGUACAGUCGUACCUUGGUUGAGAAACGCCUUGCGACUCGAAAGUUUUGGCUCCCAAAUGCCACAAACCCGGAAGUCAGUGUUCCAGUUUGCGAACGCUCUUUGGAACCUGAACAUCUGGUGUGGCUUCCACAACUUCCGAUUGGUCGCAGGAGCUUCCUGCAGCCAAUCAGAAGCCGCGUCUUGGUUUCCAAACAUUUUGAAAGUCAAACGGACUUCCAGAACGGAUUCUGUUCAACUUCCGAGGUACCACUGUAUAGGAUUAGCUGAUGUAGACUCCAAAUUGGGAACAAGGGCAGCCCUUCGAGAAGCAUGUGUGCAUGAUGCAGUUUCCAUCAGGUCUCCUCUUUAUUCAGUGGAACUUUGUUGCUUUAAAAAACAAAUUCUUAGCAAAGAGAUGAUGCACGCGGAACUACACGGAGUAUAACAAAGCAAAAUGUAAAGUGGGAGAAAUAUGCUAACAAUAGGCCUGCCAUCGGGUCAGAAGACACUCCCUGAAUGGCAGCAUUAUUGUUAGUUGAUUUCCCUGGCCACUUUUUCUCCUUCUUUGAAUAUAAAUUGAUACGCAAGUAAGUCAUUCUUUGGAGUAAGCCUGCUGAUUUCAGCAGGCCUACUCUGAGCAUGGCUUGCUUGGAUAUUGCUCAUAUACUUGGCAAAAUGUGAGCUUCCAGCAGCCCUUGGAGGAUUGUUUUGAAAAACUGCCAGGUGCCAUUGCUACCUCAAGCCUCUCUGGGAAUUUCCAGGCUGCAACCUUGGUUUUCUCUCUGUGUGUUUUGAGAAGAUGGUUGCUCUGGAUUUUUCAGGCAUUGUUUAGUUUCUAAAAAACAACAACCCAGAGAUACAGGAGUUCUGGGUUGCCUUCUGUUUUCUACAUAUGUGGGGAUAGGCUAUGGUUACUGAAUAAUGAGGGGGAACUCUGCUUUCCUUAUUCUCAGCUACUUCAUUAUUUUAGUACCACUUCAAAUAAUUCAAGACAAAGUCGUGGCUUAAAUUAAAAACUAAUUUUCUCACAUACAGCCUUUUUAGGGGGUGGCGGCAAUGUGAACUAUGAAAAUUUGUCUCUGCUGAGCUCCACCCAAUGUCGUUUGCAGGAUGGUAAUACUUAGUUCCACUUGUUCACGCUAAUCUAUGGUGCAGAUAAUUAGGUGUCGGAUAUAUGUUACAGAUUUAAGCGCUACUGCAGCUGUGACACUAGCAACUAGGAAGUAAUUACCAUGCAUGGAGCUAUUUCAAGUCGCUCACUCCUUGUGCAUAAGGUAUGCUCCUCCAAUAGGUCUCAUUUUGUAAAAAUUCAAUUAUGUUGCGAAAAGCCAUGCACCUUCCUUAUGCAGAUUUGCUUAGCUGAAUAAAUCCACACAGGUUGUAAAAUUUUGCAUUCAUAAUGCAUAGUUGUAGGCUUGAAAACCAUGGGGUGGGAAUGGGCCUGUGGGAGCCUCAAGCUCAUGCGUUCCCCCUUCUUCCCUCCUCUGGUGUGACCAUGAGGAAGAGACUGGAAGACUUAGCUUCUCUUUUAGAUUAACUGUAAAUUCUUAUAUCCAAACUGACAAAUUGUGGCUAACCCUAACUAUGCUUUCGUUGAAAUAAGGCAAACUAGAAACAAUGGAUUAUGAAGCUAGGCUAGUUCAACAAGCCAUUGUUGAGACUAACCACAGGAACCUAAUGAUGAUAAUAUUUUUUUAUUUAUACCCUGCCCAUCUGGCUAGGUUUCCCCAGCCACUCUGGGCAGCUCCCAACAGCAUUAAAAGCACAAGAAACCAUCAAACAUUAAAAACUUCCCUAAACAGGGCUGCCUUCAGAUAUCUUCUAAAAGUCAGAUAGUUUUUUAUUUCUUUGACAUCUGAUGGGAGGGCAUUCCACAGGGCAGGUGCCACUACCAGGAAGGCCCCCUGCCUGGUUCCCUGUAACCUCACUUCUCGCAGUGAGGGAACUGCCAGAAGGCCCUUGGAGGUGGACCUCAGUGUCCAGGCUGAAUGAUGGGGAUGGAGACAUUCCUUCAGGUAUACUGGGCUGAGGCCAUUUAGGGCUUUAAAGGUCAGCACCAACACUUUGAAUUGUGCUCGGAAACGUCCUGGGAGCCAAUGUAGGUCUUUCAGGUGUUGUAUGGUAUUGGCGGCCACUCCCAGUCACCAGUCUAGCUGAUGCAGUUAGUAAAAAAUGAAAGCGAUCUCCUUGUAGCUGUGCUGGGAGAGGAGAGGGAAAGCUCAUACAGGAUCAUUUCAGUAAUGAUAAACCAUGGCUCAUUAUCAUGUCUAAACACAGCCAUUGAUCUUGGUUGUACAUCAUGAAUUAGCAAUAUAUGCAAAAGCUGGAAUGAGCCCAAGCGAAAACUCAUAUUCAUGCGCUUCCUCCUCCAAUGCAACUGGGAAAAGGUAACAUAUUGACAUCAGGGCUGUCAGUGUCUACUAACUAGUCAUGUUGGCUAUAUAUGACAUCCAAUAUUAGAAAUAGUAUGCCUCUGAAUAUCAGUUUCCAGAAGGUACGAGCAGGAAGGUUAUGUUGCACUCAUGUCCUGCUUGUGGGCUCCCCAGAGGCAUCUGGUUUACCACAGUGGAACAGGAUGCUGUACUAGAUGGGCCUUUGGUCUGAUCUGCCAGGUUGUUACAUUCGAAAGAAGCCAACUUCAAACCAUGGUUUAUGAAGCUGGUUGGUUUAUUUUAUUUUAGGCCACAAUCUCUGGUUCGUACAACAGUGACAAGCUUGAGAUUAUUUGAAAAUGGAAAUUAUUGCUGGUGAAAUCUUCCUGGCUGAGAAGAGGCAGGGAUGAGAGAGUGCACAAGACUAAGCCUUCAUUUGUGGUAGUUUUAACUUGUGCACAAAGUGCUAAAGCAUAGUUUAGUGUUACAUGUGAGAGGGCCACUGUGUCAGACUGUAAAUAGGAGCAAAGAUGUUGUGUUGAGUUUAUGGGAGGAGAAAAUACCUAUGGGAAACAUCAAUGAAAUGGCUUUGUUGGGCAGAAAAGCAGAGUCGUCCAGAUGUGUUAUUUGGAAGGCCACAGAUCUGUCUUGGGAACCUUUCUAGAAAACAAAGCUUAUGGACAAAGCUUUCCUUGAAACUUCUAACUUUUAAAGAAAAAUAAAGAAUUAAUCAUAGCAGGCAAAGUAUUAAUACAUUUGAAGACCCACCUGAGGUUCUACUCUAUUCAUUUUGUUUGGGCUUGUUUCAUAAUCUGCCAAAAUAACUGCAGUACUUCAGUAUAAUUAAAAUAGAGAAUGUUGCAGAGAAACAAUUGUGACAUUUGAUAUCUAUUUAAAAUGUAAAUGCUUUGUAGCAAGAGGCAGUUUUUAAAAUCUCUGCAUAGCAUUAAGGUACAAAUAAUUUAUUUCCCAAGAAGAAGAAGAAGAGAAGACUUGCCCUCUCCCAGGGAUAUAGUGUCUCCUUUCGCCGUCUGGGGUGAGCACACACAUGCUGGGGUGUGUGUGUGCAUGCUGGGAGUGAGUGGGGUGUGCCUAAAGCAAAAUUGGUAACCCCACAAAUUUUGGGCAGUGGCAGCAAAAAUAGAAUAAAACAAAAGUAGGCAUGGUGCUGGGGUAGGCAGAGAGGUUCAAACCUCUCAACCCACCACCCUAAUAGGACUGCAAAUGGCCUCAUUCCUGCAAAUUGGGGUGGAGAGGGGACUAGCAGCCCACCUUCCUAGCUGAUCUGCAUGGGACUAUGUCUCUUGUGCAAUUGAGAAUGUGCAAGCAUGCAUGAAUGUGAAGUGGUCACACCUGCUUUUGGCCGCAUCCACCAUGUAGCUCCCAGAGGGUUGGCCAAGAGUGAAUGUGGCACUUAUGCCGGAAAAAGUUGGCCAUCCCCGUUACAGAUUAUUUUUUUGUACAGUGUAUUGAACUUCCUAUUACCAAGUUCAGACAAAACUUGGAUUCUGCCAGCUAGGUUUGCAAACCUCUUUGUGGUCUUCAUGACAGUUCCAUGAUGUAACCAGUUGUUGUUCCUGCUGCGACAGCAGGAAGCAGGAUUUCAGUGCUAGCCAGCUGGCCCAUCAAGUGUUGUCAGUUGGCUUCCAUCAGAUGUUGUUAAAUUUUCCAUGAAGUCAAGAAUGCCUUGUCCGCAUGCUUGGUUGCAGUCUGUGCUAAGGAUGGAGAGUCCACAAAUUGGUUUGCUAUAGACUCUGUCACAAGCAUCCUUGCCCUGUCUGGUGAGUGUGACAAUGAACAUGACAGGGAUGAACCCAUUUUCCCAACUUGGAGCUUGGGAGAAGGGGCAUGGGGCUUGUCCCUACGAUUGCACUUAGCUUUGGAAGAGUUCACAACCAAAAUCCGUGAAAUCCUGGUUAGCCUGUUUUUUUUAAUGGACUGUGGCAAUAAUAUAUGCCACAAAUGCUUAGAACAGUGUUUCUCAAACUUGGGUCCUUGGACCACAACUCCCAUCAUCCCUGACCACUGGUCCUGCUAGCUAGGGAUGAUGGGAGUUGUAGUCCAACAACAACCAAGGACCCAAGUUUGAGAAACACUGGCUUAAGAGUUGACCAUGAGUUGUCAUAACUUUCUCUGUUUUGUUAUUAAAACUACAUAUGGCUAUUAUCUGACUGGUCAGAUGCCAACAUUAGUGGGAAGGCAAAGUUGUCAGAUAUUGGAACCUGACUCCUGUGUCCUGAACUCUGCCCCCUGGAGCACACAGUCUUGUUGCUUAAAUCAAAUGGCUGGGAAGAAAAACCUGGACGUGUCUGAAGUUUAUGGGUGGGAUCUGUACCAUUUUACAUUGCACACAGGUGCCCGACUUCAACAUGCCUCUCUUCUGCAGGUCAGGAAGUAGUGAGUGGAGCUGAGGAGAGAACAAUAGGGACCAAUGGAAAAUGGAGAAAUAUUGUUUUAAUUGCAAUAGACUUUUCUGUGGGGGGGGGAGGCAAAGUUAUUUGUCUGGUUCUAAUUCAUAUUGCUUCAUAUGAAUUGCUAAACUUGAGAUCGCAAGUCACAUAUUUUGGGGUUUUGUUCUUGCUACAAAAUUCUCUGUCUCUGAUUUUCAAUCGCUUAUUACAGGGUUGGUGAACCCAGGAGCCUUGAGAUGGUCUUGGGCUGGCAUGGCCAGACAACAGGGGGCCUGGGCCUGGGAGUUGGAGUGCGGCAACAACUGUAGGGCCACAGGUUCUCCAGCCUCGUCCUACAAUGUUCCUUCCAGAGGGGGAAAGUGUUGGUUGGCCUGCUGUUGGAAAAAUAGCAAGUGGGGCCUCUUAAGGCUGGUAUGGUGGCCAUCCACAGACCCCAGAGUGUACCAUUCACAAAUCUAAAACUACCAUAGAGAUACCAACAAUUUCAAAAGUAGGGGGUCCAUAGCUUGGCUUUUAAAAAACAGGGGGCUUACAGUACUUGGCUGAUUAGGAACUACUGGGCUAGUAUAUUCAUUGUUGCGUAAGCUUUUGCCAGCGCACUUCAUCAAAUACAUGAAGUGGGCAGAUGUACAAGAAAACGGGUUGUGGGGUGUGUGUUUUAAACCGAGCGAGGUUUGAAAAACAGUGAGUGCUGCUGAUUUCAGUGGGGUAGUUGUUUACUAUAUGUAUAUAUUUCAUGAUUUUAUUAUAACCCACUCUGGAAAAGCUUUUCCAGGGAAUGGCAGGGUAGAAAAGACUUUUUAAAAAAGAAAAGAAAAAAGUCCAGGAAUGCAAGAGGAGCAUGUGUGCUCACAGUAUCAUGUGGAACACUCUGUGCAUCCGAUAAAAUGGGGUUUUAUUUAUUUAUAUAUUAACCCACCGCACCCUCACAAAAGCGUGCCACAAUAAAUCUAUUGAGUCUUGAAGGUACUGCAAGGGUACUGUUUUUAAGGGAUUACUGCAUGUCAAGAAGUAUUCUCCACCCAGCUCUGUAACCAGCCAAAUUCAUGCAUGGGUGGGGCGGGUUUUCCACCAAUUUGACUGCGCCGCAGUAAAAACAACAAAGACUCCUGCGGUACCUUGUGGUGCCACAAUAAUCUGGUUGUUGUUUAUUGUUGUUGCUGCUGCUGAUGAGAGAGAGAGAGAGAGAGAGAGAGACUUUCCUCACAAACUGUGACACGGUGUGUCCAAUAAUAGUCCAUCUGGCUUAGGGCUCAUAUCGUGGUUUUUAAGUGCAAGUUAUUUCAGAGAAAAGUGUUGAGUAGGAAGGUCUGUGCUUCCAAUCCUUGUUUCCAAUUUUUGGCAGGCAAAUGUCUUUGGGGAUUGAAGCUCUUGGCAAACCUGGUUUGAUCCUAUUCUCUAUGAAGUUUGACAUUCUAAAUAGAAGAGCCUGCCAACCAACCUUGAUGCUUGUUUUAUCCAAGGUCACAGCUGGGGUCGCCAUGGGGAAAGGACUUUUGCAUGUGCAUGCUGAGUUCUUUUUCUUUCUUCCUUUUUUGAGUGGUUUGAUGCUUUCCCUGCUAUUCUCUGUGCUUUGGUCCAGGAAGCCUAUGCACUAAGCAGCUAAUUAUACCUUUAUCAGUGCUACCCUUGGGGCUAUUAAGUGUGCACUACAGUCCUUGAACUUCUGGUCUUUCUUGUUUGCUUCUUGGAUUAUUAUUAUUUUUUGGGGGGUCAUUAUGGAGGAUUUGAAGAAAAAACAAAAAACACACCACCUCCAAAACCAUUAUGUACGAUAGUUACGUUCCUCAGCCUGCUUAUUGUUGCUAUGAAAAUAUUAUUAAACUGAUUGGGUGCAGCAAUGGCUCACUGAAGCCCUCUUCGGGCUCUGGGGAGGGGCUCCUUGUGAGCCACAAGGACUUUCCAGCUCUCUUCCUCCAUUUCAGCUUAGAAUUAGUUAUUGAUUUCCCGGUGCUGCGCGUAUACGCUGCCACGUAUGAGUCGAUCGUGAGCAAGUGGGGGGCGGGUGCCAGUGGUAGAAGAGCCCAUGGAAACUGAGCAUCUUUGAUGGUGACCUGUUUAGUAAUAGGGCCCAUCUGCACUAUACAUUUAAAGCAGUAUCAUAGCACUUGUCAUGGCUUCUGUGGGAAUGUUGAUAUAUUGAUUAUUAAUAUCUUUCCUAAAUUGCACUAGCGAGUUUCUUCACUUAGCAGAGUGUAUUCCCCCUUUACAUGGCAGAAAACUGGUUGCAGACUUGUGUGAGCCUCUUAAGACAAUAAACCAUUCAACCUGGCUUGCCCAGAUUGAGAUAUGUUCUAUUAUUCCUGGUAAGACCCCUUUGACCCCCCUAAAAGAAUAAAGACACAACAGUCUUAUUCAUAAGUAACAAAAAGUAGUUUUACUCACAAUCAGGCAGAGCACAGUGUGAUCCCUGAAGGCAGGCUUUAGGCUUAAAGUUACAAACAUGUACAAACAGGUUUAGCCCAUAUGGGAGAUAACCUAGGGGUGAAUCAGUACAGUCCAGGUGAAUCAGGAAGUUCUCAGGAUGAAAGAGAAGACUGAAGAGAGGGAGGUGGCUGCAUGACUUGGCCUUUUACCAGGUCUGGAAAGGUCACGCCUACCUACCAGUCACAUGCAAGAAGGAUGCUCCAGACCAGGUGUAACAGGAAGUUCAACUGGCUGGACCAAACAUUCCCUUGCAUGUCCACUCUCUAGCAAAACAAGGAAUGUUGUAUUUGACUGCUCCCAGUGGAUUACAUCCCACCUCUUCCCCCAAAGAAUCAUGGGAACUGUAGUAUUUUUAAAGAAUGAAAGAAAAUGGACACAGUCCUGGGGUGGGUGGAGAGGUUUCAGCCUCCCAUCCCAGCACUUUGAUGGGGAUCCAGAUUGCUCCCUCUCCAGUCAUGAGAUUUAUUAAUUGAUGAUCAGGGAACAGAGAGAGAUCUUUGCGUAUCAUGUGAGAAUGUGGGUGGUCAUGUCCACUUUUGACUGUACCCAUUGCUGGCCUGCAGCCCCUAGAAAGUUGGCGAAGGUUUUUUGCUAUUGGGCCAAAAAAUGGUUAACCACCCCUGCUCAAUGUAAAAAAGGAAGAAGCAUUGGAACCCCCCCGCCCCGGCAAUGCAACUAGCAUGCUAUGUUAGAUUUCUCUUCACCCCGAAAAUAGCAUGGCACCUUGCCAUAAAAUUUAAGGCAGUUAUUUCGCCCUACCUUUCCCACCCCCCUCUUUCUUUCUCGGAGCUACUGUCCCUUGUUGACAAAAUUUCAGACUUAAUGUACCCCUGGAAAGAGUCCUCAGAUACAAAAGCUAUUGUGUAAACAGAAUAGGCGAAAGAAAAUAAUUGAAGCUGGAAGGCCAUUGGCCUAAUGAGCUCAAUACAAGGGUUGUACUCCAGUCCGGUCCUAAACAAUGAGAGAUUCUAGUUGAACCUCCUUUGGCUAGAGUCACUGAAACGGUCCCAAGCAGCCUUACUUGGAGAGCUCUUCAAAGAGCUCUUAUUAAUCAAGGAUGCUUUAGGCCUAGAUGUCCACAGUCAGGCUUUAAAGGACAAAAUGCAGAACAGUACCCGUUAUUGUCCCCCGGCUCCUGCUCCUGCUUCUUGGGGGAAUCUUUGCAGAAGUGUUGCAUAACCCAUUGGCAGAGAGUUAUGGCCGACUCUUGAAAAUCUGACCAAAUCUGAUUGGCAAGGGGUAGCCAACAUGGUGGAUUCCCGGCUCCCAUCAGCCCCAGCAAGCAUAGCCAAUGGGAAGGAAUUACGUAGUCUGGCAAAAUCUGCAGGGCACAAUGUUGACAAGCCCUGGGAUAUAGCAUUUAUCUGCGUCAGGUCAGCAUCUCCUCCCCCCCCCACCUGCAAGCAUUCUCUGCUUCAAGAGGUUCCUCUGUUAUAGGUUGUGCCACAGCCACUUAAAACUUACUCCUAUAAUCUACUUUGGUAUUCUUAAGGUUCUUUCCACAGUUUGAAUUCUCAGGAAGACAAAUACUGCUGUGUUCAGCUAACAAAUCACUAGAUUCAUGCAGCCUCCAGCUAAUACCAUACGAAGUCAUAAAGGGAUAGGAAGGAUGGGAAAACCAGCCCAGUUGUUCUCCGGAAGCAGUGGCUAUAGAUAUUGGGGUGGUUUUCUCACAUCGGCCCAACCAUCCUGAACAUACGUGAACUUCUUGUGAGAAAUGAAGGGAUAGCUCCCAGGGCAGUUUCUGCCUUGACACAAAGCCCUUGUUUGUGGUCUGGUGACUAUCAAAGGGGUCCAGGUAGUUGGAUGUUGUAAUACACAGGAAAGCUUCAUAAUGUAAGGUGCAGGCCAAAAUUAAUGGUUAAGAUAUUUGAGGUCCAGCUGUUGGCAGUAGGCUUUGAGAUGUUCUUUUUGUUUAUUUAUAGUUGCGCAAUUGACUGUUGUCUUUUUAAAACAACAACAGUUUUUUAUUGGUUAUAUAUAAUUACAAAAGCACUGCCAUUUGGCAGUAAACCGUCUUCAAAAGCACCUAAAAUAAUUAUAGGUACUUUAAACUCAGUGAAUAAUAAUAGUCAGGCAUGCCGUGUAAAGUCCAUAAAGUACGGUCCAGAGUAAAAUACAUAAUGUGCUGACUUAAGCCAAUAUGAUACUAACAAAAUGACCCUCUUUCUGUUAAAAGUAAUAGGGUGGUCCUCUCAGUAUACCUAACAUAACACAAAAUCAACAAAGGGAUCCUCUAUAAAAGUCUGCAUCAUCCACAUCCAUUGAUUUGCCGGCAUCUGGCAUCGAGCAUGCUCUCUCACAUUAGUUUAUGUCACCAAAUCAUAUCAUGUACUAAUAAAUUAGUCUUCUGUGCUUUGACCUCCUAUGACUCACAUUUUUUAAUGUCUGUUCUUCCAUUAUUGCUGUUUCCCAAGCCAUCUGUACCAGUAGGUAAGAUUAGCAUUUGAAGGAUUCUUCUAGAAAUGUGCCAUAGCUGAUCUUGCAGCCUGCAAUAAAUGACUACUUAAGUCAAUAUUGUGCAGAUUCCUAUUUCUCUGCCUCUCUCUCAAUUGUGUGUGUGUGUGUGUGUGUGUGUGUGUGUGUGUAGUUGUUAGAUGAUUUUGUCUAUGACAGGGGUGGGGAACCUGUGUCUUCUCCAUAUGAUAUUCGACUCCAGCUCCCAUCAUCCUUAACAAUUGGACCUGCUGGCUAGGGCUGAUGGGACUUGGAGUUUAACAGCAGCUGGAGGACUACAAGUUAUGCAUCCCUGACCCAUAGUGUUAAUAUCUAGAUAUGGGCAGCUGCAUUGAACUUUAAAGUUUUAUCUAAGCCUGCUGUACAACCUUAAUACAGUGGGUGAGACUGGCUGGGGCUGAUGGGAGUUGUAGUCCAGAUUUUCUGGAGGGCACCAUGUUAGGGAUGGCUGGCCUAAUGACUGUGUUAUGAGCCUCAUUUUUUCUAAUAAGAAAGCCCUUUACCCUUCAAGUUACAUUUCCCGAACUCUUAUAACCCACAAGUACCAUCUGCAUCAUCCCUGUGUGGAGUACUGAUACACUCAUCCACCACCAUUUUGAUGUUUUUGCCCACUUGUCUAGUGCUCUGGGACUUCGUUUUGUGUCUUAGGAUUCAGCGAGGGACGUUUGUGCAGCGUUGGUAUUAUUUAAAGAAACAGUCUUUUUAGAGAGGGUAUACAUUAUCUUUAAGUCAAGCCUUCCCGAAUCUGGUGCGUUCCAGAUACUUUGGACUGCAGCUCCCACCAGCUCUAGCCAGCAUGGCCAAUGGUCAGAGAUGACAAGAGGUAUAGUCCCAACACAUUUGGAACUCACCAGGGCAGGGCAGGCUGUUUUGAAUAGACAACAUACAGGCCAUGACUGCUGGAGGAGUUUUGUCAUUUCUCUGACAGUCGGGGCUCUUUCUAUAAAAAAAGGGAAAAGAGAACUGCAGCAAUGAUGACCUAGAAAUACAGUCUGUGAGGAAAGACACUUUACUGACACUCUGCUCUUCAGAUAAAAGUCAAUUAGGAUGUAUUAUUGUACUGUAUUGUUUUUGUACUGGGUGAUGCCUGUAGGUUUGCCCUGAUUGUUUACUUGGCAAGAGAUGUGCUUUACAGCUGUCUGAUUACCCCCCCCCCGCCGGCCGACCUUCUCUUUUGAACUGAGCUUGACCUGUUUUCCUUCAAGUAUGCCCUACUUUCUAUACAUCCAGGAGCUUCAGAUGUUAUCAUUAGGCAGAUUAUUUUUCUUUACAUUAAAAGGCACCUGCAAAUAAUAGUUUUUAGGAUGUGGAGACUCCCCGCCCCCAUUUUUUUUAAACCAUGCAAGUGGUACUUUUCUAGCCACAUAAGCAGGGCCACAUGGAAGACUGAAGUGGAAGGGCUGUGGGGGUUGUGGUGUGUGUCUGCCAGAAUUAAUGGAGGGAGAGAGAGAGUGAGUGAGUGAGUGUGUGUGUACUGUAUUGGAAUAUGUGUGAGCAAAGAUUCAUUUCAUUAUGGAGGGGGAAGGGAACAUAGAGCCUGCAGCUGCUGGUAAAGUGAUACAGAAGAGUUGGCAGCAUUGUCAUGGGGCGGGGGGGACCUCCAGUAUGUGCUUCCUCUGCCUCUCUUUAAAAGUCCUGUUUGAAAACACAGGAGUUUUUGAAGACACUGACACUUAGAGGAGGGACUGCAUUUCUGUGUUAGGGCAGAGGACGAAUGAAGCGCUCUGCCUUGCUUCAACCAACCUGUUCACUUGCUUGCAUGGAAUUCCUUUUCCCUAUACCUGCCGGACUGAUGCUUGAAUACAAGGCUGCGUUAGAAACAGAUGCAUAAUAAUAAUAAUAAUAAUAGUCAUGCUUAUAAUUUAUAAUAAUAUAUUAAUUAGCUGCCAUUCACCCUAAGGUCCCAGGGCAGUUCACAGAAUAAAAUACAGGAUAAAAACAAGUAAAUAAUUAAAACAAAACAGCAAAACAAUAAUCACCCCUUCCCACAGACACAUUUUAAAGGCCUGGUUGAAGGGGAACAUUUUUGCCUGGCACCUAAAAUAUAUACAGUGGUACCUCGGGUUACAUACUCUUCAGGUUACAUACGCUUCAGGUUACAGACUCCGCUAACCCAGAAAUAAUGCUUCAGGUUAAGAACUUUGCUUCAGGAUGAGAACAGAAAUCAUGCUCCAGUGGCGCGGCGGCAGCAGGAGGCCCCAUUAGCUAAAGUGGUGCUUCAGCUUAAGAACAGUUUCAGGUUAAGUACGGACCUCCGGAACGAAUUAAGUACUUAACCCGAGGUACCACUGUAUAAUGAACCUCCAUCUGGCAUCAGUGGAGACCUUGCAGAUACCAGAUUUCUUAGGACACUUUGGCAACAUGCAUGACCACUAUCUUUGGUAGCAGUUUUAAGGCUGCAGUUGUAUACACCAAGGAGAGGGAACCUCUGGCCCCUGUCAUUGCUGGACUCCAUCGCCCAUCAUCCCUGAUUGUUGGCCAUGCUGGCUGGAGCUGAAGGGACUAAAGAGUCCAACAGCAUCUGAAGGAACACAGGUUCCCCAUUCCUGGUAUACAUACUAACCUGGGAAUAAGUCCCAUUGAAAUCUACGGGGUACACUUCUGAGUAACACUGUACAGGGCUGCACAGUUAGUGCAUUCAAACAUAGAAGUUAUGUUGUGGUAAUUACAUGAAUAAUUUUAUUAGGCGGCCAGGAUAUGGGUAGCAUUCUGGAGGACUGCAUGUUGAAACUCUUGACAGUGCGGUAUAUUUCUCAAAGCAGCUACUAAAAAACAUGAAGCUGGCUUCAGGGAGUUAUCCAGACUUGCUUUCUCAUCCAGACUUGCCCUGUGCUAUCACCAAUAUGCAAAACCUCGCUGUCACUUGCUCUGUGUAUCUGAUGCGCGCACAGACAGAACAGGAGGCGACUGCUUCUGUGGUUCUUUCUCAAGCGUUUUUUCUCUUUCUUUUGGUCGUGUCUGAUUUCAGCAGACAGCACCCAUGGCAAAGUAUCCGUCUCUCCAUACAGUUGACAGCCAGAAAUCCAUAUUAUAAUUUGUUGACUGCAUUUUUGUUGUUGAACAAAAUGUGUGUUUCUUUUUUGUUUGCCUACGUGUGUUUUUUCCCCUUAGCAGUUGAUGCCCCGUAUAACAGGAUUAGCUCCUUUUUCUUCUUUGGGGCAGACUGCAGUGCUGUGUAAGACAUGAGAAUAGUUGCAAGGAAUGGUUGCAAGGGAACAGAUAGAUAAAUUACUACUUUUUAAAAAAAGCACACACAACAUGACAGCUUUAAGUAUCUCAGCUGGGACUUUAUGCUGUUUGGCUGUUUGCUUUCUUCCUAGUUUGCCUCUAACCUUUCCCUCUUUUAAAAUUUUCUUUCAGGAUGGACUGCUGA